AUGAAUUUAUCGCUCCAAGACCCUUUCGCUGUAGCGAAGGAAUACCCUGAGACUCUAAUUCAGACCUUUCAUCAUGGUCACGCGGUUGUAAUUCAGUUCAACGUGAAGGGUGACUACUUGGCUGGUGGUUUCAGCGAUGGACGCAUCUUCAUUUAUGACUUGGUCUCAUAUACUAUCAAUGCUGUACUACGAAAGAACGGCCACGUGAGGCAAAUCACAUCACUUAAUUGGUCACACUGCGGUCGUUACCUACUACUGUCUUCACAAGAUUGGUGUUGCAUUUUAUGGGAUUUGAAGUACGCUAACAAGGCAGGCGUUGACAAAAAUCCUGCUGUAAUUCGAAAGAUCCGGUUCGAUUCUCCUGUAUGGCUGGCUUCACUCCACCCAAGAAACCCGUAUAUUUUCACCGCCUCUCUUUUUGAAGACGACCCUGUUCAUGUAGAUCUUACAGACGCGGACGACUUCAAGGUGACAAAACUUAAGACGGAGCCGUUAGAGCAGCAAGAGAAGGAACAGAAUGAUGCAGAGCCAAAGAAAAAAGAGACGAAACAUAUGACGCUUGUGACGCGAUUUAGUCCACUAGGUGACUUCGUCAUGACGGGAACAAGUAAAGGGUGGCUCAAUAUAUUGAAUGCAGACAAGUUGGAGACGGUUUACCUGACCAAAGUUACGAACAGCAACAUCAAGACUCUCGAAAUCUCUCGAAACGGGCGCAAACUAGCUGUGAACUCCUCAGACCGUGUGAUAAGACAAUUCACUCUUCCAGACAUGUUGAACAACAAAGAUCCAUCUACUUGGGAGUUUGAAAUCGAGCAUAAGUAUCAGGAUGUGGUCAACCGGUUGCAAUGGAAUACUGUUGCAUUCAAUCAUAACUCUGAAUUUCUCGUGGCGUCAACUUUUGGUCAAAGUUCUCAGGAUCUCUACUUAUGGGAGACGCAAAUGGGCUCAUUGGUGAAAAUUCUUGAAGGGAGCCACGAGGAGCUUAUAGACGUUAAAUGGAAUUACAACAAGUGCAUGAUUGGAUCCACGGGACUUGAUACUGGUGCAAUUUAUCUAUGGCUGGUGCAGUUCCCAUCCAAGUGGAGCGCCUUAGCGCCAGAUUUUGUGGAGAUAGAAGAGAAUGACGAGUAUGAGGAAAAAGAGGACGAGUUUGAUAUUAUAGACGAGACAGAAGUGAUUAAAAAAAGGCUAGAAGAGGAAGAUACCGAAGUGGACAUCAUCACGCGAGAGACCACCGAUGCCAGGGGUUUCGACACGGGAAUUGAAUCCUUUGUGAUACCCAUCGACUACGAGAAGCCCGUGUUCUAA